AUGGAAUCUUUGGCAACAACCAUUCGUUUCGUCACGCUGAACUGCCCAACACUAUCGAGUGAACUCCAACAAGCCGCUCUAUCCAGACAUCUGCGAUAUCUCUAUGUGCCUUUUGCUGCACUGCAGGAAACACGCAUGAGAGAUCGGCCCGUCAUCAGCAUCGAAAAUUACACCAUAUACUGCGGCGAUGCUGAUGAGAACAAAGUAGGUGGCUGCGCGAUAGCUGUGAGGAACGAUUACAAGAACCUGGUGGAGGAAUUUGGCUCAACGUCGUCUAGAUGCGCCUUUCUACGACUACGGAAUCGCAGAGGACGUAAACUCUGGAUAGUAAGUGCUCACGCACCUACGGAAACCGUUGAGGACAACAGUAAGGACGUCUUCUAUGAUGAACUCUAUGCGUUGAUGUCUAAAAUACCAAUCCAGCAGGUGGUCAUUGUCGGAAUCGACGCAAAUGCGAAGAUGGGACUCGAACAGCAAUCCGAUGUGCUAAGAAAAUGGUACUAUGCAGCGGAGCGCACGUCGGACAACGGUGACCGUUUGGUCGACUUGUGCGAACAGACGGGCCUCAUCAUCGCUUCCACGUUUGAGAGGAAUCAUCGACGCCAUCAGCUCACGUGGCAGGGGUCAACCCUUUUAACGCCUGAAGAGCAGCGCAAGCGGAAGAUGAGGACUCUUAAGCUUCAGCUUGACUACGUUCUGGCGAGGAACAUUCCUCAACCAGAUAUCCGAAAAUGUAGAGCUGUUUGGGACGUUGCGUUCGACUCUGACCACCGUCCAGUUCUUCUCAGCUCCAAGAUACGGUUCCACAGGAGAAACCGAGGAGUUCCUCUUCAACCGAAAAUCGACAUGGCAGAUCUGAAAGACGAUAAAUGCAGAAGAAAAUUCCGCCAACGUGUGUCUACUCAUGUUGGAGUACGGACCAGGAAGAAGCUUAGCGAUGCGGAUUCCUUCACAAACCAGGAAAGGCAUCUUAGAAGGAAGCUGCGUCGUCAACUGCAACAAGACCGCGGUAACGAGUGGACGUCAAGAGCGAUGGAGUUUGAGAAGGCGUGGGAGGACAGGAACCCGCGGAAAGCCUACGCUCUACUAAAACAGUAUAGCGGCAAAAUGAAAAGAUGUUCCCAUGUUCUCAACACUGCUAUUGGGCUGAACCGCCUAGCACCGUCAACUCCUGAACUCGAACACGUUCAUAGACCGACAUAUGCGGUUAACGAGGAGCCACCGACCGAGUCGGAGGUCCUGGUCUGUAUUCGGAAAAUGAAGAAUGGAAAAUCUGGUGGAGACGACGGGAUUAACGCAGAAAUGCUAAAAUAUCUUUCUCCGUCUGGGAUUCGUGAGAUGACAAAGAUCAUCCGUUCAAUAUGGAUAAACGAAAGGAUACCUGAUUCGUGGAGACACGCUAUCAUAAUUCCCCUCCACAAGAAGUUAUCCGUCACGGACCCAAGGAAUUAUCGAGGAAUCUUUUUGAUGCGUGUUAUGUACAAGGUAGUGGAGCGCAUUAUCCUGGACCGACUCAUUAAACAUCGCGAAGAAACAACGCGCGACGAGCAAGCUGGCUUUCGUCCUGGCCGAUCUACGAUUGACCAGGUGUUCAUCGUCAGGAGAGUGAUCGAAAUCUGGCAGCGGCAUUCGAAGCUAAUGCAACUAGCGUUUCUGGAAUUUGAAGCCGCGUUCGACUCUCCUCACCGAGGCCAUCUUCUCAACGCGCUUCGCGCCGAUGGAGUACCAGGAAAGUUCGUUCGCUUGCUUGAUGACAUGAAUCAACGAACAGCUGCUGCAGUUCGAACUCCAGCCGGAUGUACAACACCGUUUGAAGUGGUAACUGGAGUAAGACAAGGGGCGGUGGCAGGACCCUUCCUGUUCAAUUUCGCCAUCGACGACAUUAUGCGAAGAACAGUCGACCAGUGUCCUGCCGACAUUGUCUUAGCACCAUCAAGGUGUCCCUUGACUGACCUCGAGUACGCCGACGAUGUUGUUAUAUUCGCGGAAAGCAGCACGAAACUUCAACAUGUUGUCAACUUUGUAUCGAAGCUGGCUGCAGCCCAUUGA